CCACUGGUCCAAGCAAUCUUCAGUGGAGAUCUAGACGAGAUACGGGUGCUCAUCCACAAAACCGAAGAUGUGAACGCUCUGGAUUCUGAGAAGCGGACACCCCUUCACGUGGCGGCGUUUCUGGGAGACGCAGAGAUCAUUGAACUCCUGAUUCUGUCUGGGGCCCGUGUCAAUGCCAAGGACAACAUGUGGCUGACCCCACUGCACCGGGCUGUCGCCUCCAGAAGUGAAGAAGCAGUGCAAGUAUUGAUUAAGCAUUCGGCUGAUGUCAAUGCGAGGGACAAGAACUGGCAGACCCCCCUCCACGUGGCAGCAGCCAAUAAGGCUGUCAAGUGUGCAGAAGUGCUCAUUCCCUUGCUGAGCAGCGUCAAUGUCUCCGACCGUGGCGGACGGACAGCUUUGCAUCAUGCAGCUCUGAAUGGCCAUGUGGAGAUGGUCAAUUUACUCGUGGCCAAAGGGGCAAACAUCAAUGCAUUCGACAAGAAGGACCGGCGUGCUCUGCACUGGGCGGCCUACAUGGGCCACCUGGACGUUGUGGCAUUGCUCAUUAACCAUGGUGCAGAAGUGACGUGUAAGGACAAGAAGGGCUACACGCCCCUGCACGCUGCAGCCUCCAACGGACAGAUCAACGUUGUCAAACACCUCCUGAACCUGGGGGUGGAGAUUGACGAAAUCAACGUCUAUGGAAAUACCGCCCUUCACAUCGCCUGUUACAAUGGCCAGGAUUCUGUAGUUAACGAGCUGAUUGACUACGGUGCUAACGUGAACCAGCCAAACAACAGCGGGUUCACCCCUUUGCACUUUGCUGCUGCCUCCACUCACGGCGCUCUGUGCCUUGAACUGCUGGUCAACAACGGGGCAGAUGUUAACAUUCAGAGUAAAGAUGGCAAAAGUCCCCUGCACAUGACAGCUGUCCAUGGAAGGUUCACACGGUCACAAACCCUCAUCCAGAACGGAGGUGAAAUUGACUGCAUGGAUAAGGAUGGCAAUACUCCUCUCCAUGUGGCUGCAAGAUACGGUCAUGAGCUUUUGAUCAACACCUUAAUAACCAGCGGAGCCGACACAGCCAAGUGUGGAAUCCAUAGCAUGUUCCCCUUACAUUUAGCAGCCCUGCAUGCUCACUCUGACUGCUGCAGGAAGCUGUUGUCAUCAGGCUUUGAAAUAGACACCCCAGAUAAAUUUGGAAGAACGUGCCUUCAUGCUGCUGCUGCAGGAGGUAAUGUGGAAUGUAUAAAACUCUUGCAAAGCAGCGGCGCAGAUUUCCAUAAAAAGGACCAGUGUGGGAGGACCCCUCUGCACUAUGCAGCUGCGAAUUGUCAUUUCCACUGUAUCGAGACAUUAGUGACCACAGGGGCCAAUGUUAAUGAAACGGACGACUGGGGUCGGACAGCUUUGCACUAUGCUGCUGCGUCAGACAUGGAUAGAAAUAAGACCAUCUUAGGAAACACCCAUGAAAAUUCAGAAGAACUUGAGCAAGCCAGGGAACGGAAGGAAAAGGCUGCUGCACUAUGUUUAGAAUUUCUGCUUCAGAACGAUGCAGACCCAUCUCUCCGGGACAAGGAAGGGUACAAUAGCAUACAUUAUGCUGCUGCCCAUGGCCACAGACCGUGUCUGGAGUUGCUUUUGGAAAGAACCAACGGUGGUUUUGAAGAAUCAGAUUCUGGUGCUAUCAAGAGUCCACUUCACUUAGCUGCCUACAAUGGGCACCCUCAAGCCCUGGAAGUCCUUCUGCGGUCGCUGGUGGACCUGGACAUCAGGGAUGAGAAAGGCCGCACUGCACUGGACUUGGCUGCCUUUAAGGGACACUCAGAAUGCGUGGAAGCUCUUAUCAAGCACGGUGCAUCCAUCUUAGUGAAAGACAAUGUAACCAAGAGAACCCCCCUCCAUGCCUCAGUCAUCAAUGGUCACACACUGUGUUUGCGGCUAUUACUGGAAAUUGCUGACAAUCCAGAAGUGGUUGAUGUGAAAGACGGCAAAGGACAAACCCCACUGAUGCUUGCAGUAGCAUAUGGCCACAUCGAUGCCGUUUCACUGUUGCUGGAAAAGGAAGCAGAGGUGGAUGCGAUCGAUAUCAUGGGCUGCACAGCUCUGCACAGAGGGAUUAUGACGGGCCACGAGGAGUGUGUGCAAAUGCUGCUGGAACAAGAAGUGUCGAUUCUCUGUCAAGAUUCCAGAGGGAGGACGCCCCUGCACUACGCCGCCGCUCGGGGUCACGCUGCGUGGCUGAGCGAGCUGCUGCAGAUGGCCCUCUCCGAAGAGGACUGUUCUUUCAAAGAUAAUCAAGGCUACACGCCGCUGCACUGGGCAUGCUACAAUGGUAAUGAAAGCUGUCUCGAGGUACUUUUGGAGCAAAAAUGUUUUCGCACGUUUAUGGGUAAUCCCUUUACUCCUCUGCACUGUGCCAUAAUAAAUGAUCAUGAGAGCUGUGCGUCCCUGCUCCUCGGGACCAUCGAUUCCAGCAUUGUCAGCUGUAGAGAUGACAAAGGACGGACCCCCCUCCACGCAGCAGCCUUUGCUGACCACGUGGAGUGCCUGCAGCUGCUUUUGAGACACAACGCGCCAGUGAACGCGGCGGACAAUUCGGGGAGAACGGCACUGAUGACGGCAGCCGAGCACGGGCAGGCGGGCGCUGUGGAUAUUUUGGUGAACAGUGCCCAGGCUGACCUGACUGUACAGGAUAAGGACUUGAAUACACCCUUACAUUUGGCUAGUAGUAAAGGUCAUGAAAAAUGUGCCUUGUUAAUACUUGACAAGAUACAAGAUGAGAGCCUUAUUAAUGCAAAAAACAACGCACUGCAGACCCCUCUCCAUAUUGCUGCACGCAACGGCUUGAAGAUGGUCGUUGAGGAGUUGCUAGCCAAAGGGGCCUGUGUUCUUGCUGUCGAUGAAAAUGGUCAGACCCCGGCCCUGGCUUGUGCUCCUAACAAAGACGUGGCUGACUGCCUGGCCCUCAUUUUGGCUACCAUGAUGCCUUUUUCUCCUUCCAGUACAAUGACGGCUGUCAACUUCAUUUGUUUUAAAAAAGACCAUUUGAGCAGAACAACCCUCUCCAAUCUGGGCAGCAUGGUCAGUCUGUGCAGUAACAACGUAGGCCCGGAGGAUGGGUUCAACGAAAAUGAUUCCGAUUCGGAGACAUUUUGACUUUGGACUGUAGAAACGUUUCUUUGAUCCACCGUGUUGGAGGAAGGGACCGAAGCUUGAAUUUCAAGAUUCUGUAGUGGCCAAGUAUUAUGGGGGCCCAAGCGUCCUUCUAGAGGCCUGUAAAGAAGGAAUUAACCCCACCAAAGGGAGGCAGCUAUGCGGCGGAGGGAAGUAUUCACACAGAGGGGCCCUGCUUUUGCUUCUUCCCCCCCCCCCCAAGUUUCCUAAGAUUUAAGGUACUUCUGUGUAAGUCUACCUCUCGUUUUGAAUACGGGACGAAAAAGGAUUUCGUUCUUUUUCCUUUGGGGAGGGUGCCACAGGGAGGGAGCUGUUCUCUAUACGGGAUUUUUGGUCUUGUUUUUCUUGUGCUCACUCAGCAGUGGGCUCUCAGAAGUCUGUCAGUGUGCCGUUCAUGGCCCCUGGGAGGGGAAGGAAGGGUUGGAUAGAAAUGCCUCAGAUCUCUCCUCACUCAGAUGUUUACUUCAUCACUAGAUGCCAAAGGUAAAGGUAUUCAUCUCCAGAAAUAAUGCCUGUAAUCAUCUGCUUUUUAAGGGAGCCUGAUUAUUUAUAUCCUGCUCUUGUCCGGUUCAUGUACAACAUAAUAAGCCCUUAAAUAUCCAGAACUACUUUCCAAGGAUGAAUUUUAAGAAUUGAAAUGGCUUCUUUUUUUAAAAAUUAAAACACACACACACACACACACACAAGUAGGGCACCCAGUCCUCCCUAUAGCAAGCUUGUGACUCAUUUGGCCCCCGUGAUUGAAUCCAAGUCUCUCCAUUUACUAACAUUUUAGGUGAACAUGGCAUUGUACCAAAACUUUUGAGACAGUAUGCAAAAUUAAAAUGGAACUACCUUUAUAAGUUCAUCCUUACCUAAAUAUACUAACGUUAUGAAGACAUCAGCACCAUCGCAUGUUUCAUCAGCUCUGUGAUGAGGCCAUUUCACGUAGGGUGAAGCAAGAGCAGUGAGUUGAAUGAGGUGCCCAGUCAAGGUCAUGCCAAGGGAGUGAGAGUGCGGCUGCCAAAGGGGGCCAAGGAAAGCACACGCGGGAAUAGCCGGGGGCGCUGGGGGCCAUGGACGCACAGCCAGCUGCCGUGUGUGUGGCGCUGAAGUCAGCAUAGUGAACACUGUGUCUGCCCUCUGCCAAAGCUUCUAGGUCAAAUGGACCCCAGGCUGCACGUGGACCGGCGGUACAAAAAGAAGAAUGAGACUCUAAAGUUGUGCACCUCCACGCGCACACAUCCAUGUGUAUGUGUAUAGACGUACUUCAUCAGCCAGCGAUACCGGAGGACCAACAUGCUUCAGUGGAAAGCGGAAGAUUUAAAGUUGCUGUUUGUUUGGUUUUUUUCGUCUUUGUUUUUGUUUUCCCUUCGAAGUGGAAGGAGAAAUGAAGUAGCUUUGCUCUGGAGUUAAAAUGCUCAUCUCUUUUGUGUAACAGGCUUCGUCGUGUCUUCUGUUUCUUAAGACGCAGCUUUCUCGUUGAAGGUUAGACAUUUGUAACCGAUGAAGUGUUGACCGUGGUUUAUUAUUAUUAACGUUUGGUCUUUUGCCAAACGAGGGAAAUGUUCAUAUACUCGUGCUAUUAAUGUGUGUAUAUUUAUUUGAAAUGAAUCAAACUCUGUUUUAAUUGCCGCGUGUCGUAUUUGGAAUAACAUGACAACAGUAACAGAAGCAGAGAAAACACACAGCCCAUGGCCAGCCAGGAGUCCUGGGCCUAAGCCCGGCAUGGCCACUGCUAGACUUGCCAGAUGAUCCCUUGGAAAAGGGAUUCAAGAUCAAGAUGCUCACCCCCAGUCUGCAUCUAGCUGAGAGAUGACAAGACCUCUCAGUCUGUAUGCUCUUCCCUACGAUGAAAGCUGGACUAUCAAAGCACAUCGGUCCUGACGUAGCCCAGAAGAAAGACACAGAAAUCAUCCCGAGUACCCAGCGCGGAGCAUCUCACCUCGCCAGCAUCCCAAUAGGAAACCGUGUCAAGUGUGUUGGUCCAUGGACUGAGGAGACCCGUGCAUGACCAGCUCGAGGGCUGAUUUCCAAUUGAAGAAGAGACAGGAAAGAAAGGUGGCGUGAGGCCAGUGUGUGCUGAUAUUUUGUAACCAGUUCCAUUUUCAGCCUGGAAAUUUCAAUUUUAUAGUGUGUGAGAGAUAUUUUCUAGAAACAGUGUUCUAGCACAUCGGGAUCAGAUACAGAUGCUAUUAUUAUAUUUUUCAUCUAACUGUACAGGACUUUACUCCGACUCUUUUAAUACUCUGAAUUUAAUGGAAACCUAGGCUGCGCUCUUCACAGAUGAAAAACUUUGUUCAAAGGACUUACCGAAUUGGUAUCUAUGUCACUGAAUUUCCUUUGAAAAUGGCCCACCUUGUGCUUUGACCCCGCAGUGGUGUGUGCCCCUCCCCAGCCCUCUGCCCUCACUGUUUGCUUUUAGUGGACAGAUUGCUAACAAGCAAUAAUGACUUUCCCUUUGACCAACACACUGCAAAGGUUGAAGAAACGUGAUCUACUGUGGUGACUGGAACCCUUGCUCGGGUAGCAUUUUAAGACAGGAAGUAAAAUGCCUGCUUCAAUGGUGAAACCGCGGUAGCCUUUCUUUCCCUGUAGAGUUGCAGAGAGCACAGGGCUGUGGCAGCCAGGAACGCAGGGACCGAUCAUGCGACAUUGUCUCCACGGAGACGCAGUCUGACUUUGCCCCAGCUCUGUUGCUCAUCGGAGGAGGACAAAGGAACAAAAUGAGAUCAUAGAGCCAACGAACGGUUCACUGAAGGGCUCUGUCUCUCUCCCCAAAUACCAGGUGGUUCGUUGUUUGCUCGUCUGCUUGUUUUUUCCUGCCUAGAAAAAAAUGAAAUAAAAAUGAUCAUUUUUGUGUUUUUCAAGGCUGACUCUUAGAGAUAAAAUUAUGUUUUCAAUAUCGUUUUCUGAGGGAAAGCAAAACAGAAAACGUUAUUUUAAAUUGAGGUGUAGUUGUCCAAUGCUGUUACUCUGAGGUGUUGCUCUGAGCCUGUAUUUUAACCCGGACACAGGGAUCACGGUUCACUGCACUUUCCUGGUCGCCAGUGUCUUUGGGAAAUGUAUUGUCAUCUCCACAUUGCCUGCAAUCCGCUAUGAUUCCACAGGAACUCGCUCAGGGGAUUUCUAUUUCUCACAGCUGAAAGGGCAGCGUGCUAUGUUGGGUACGUGGAGCAGUAGCACCGGCUCGAUUUAUUAUUGUGGUCAGUUAGAGCAAGAACAUCCGAAGGAUCCGCUGCCCUCCUGACUCUGUGCUGGUGAGCAACUCCGCUUGCUUAUCUGUUGCACUGGCUGAAGAACUCAUCCCUUUUUUUGUCUUGUAAGAUGAAGUUGGAGUGCCUUUUGAUAUAUGUAUAUUCUGCAAAUGUUCUUUGGAAUGUUUUGUAGGUGUUUUUUUUUUCAUUUGAAUGUUAUGAGAGCAAUAUAAUACCCGUGGGUUUUAUUUCAAACCUUCUUUGAAUGUGCAAAGUGUCUUUUCCCCCUCUCACCUGCUUUGAAAUGAAAGUGCAGAUGCUCCAGUUUUCUCUAGGAAAUAUGUUUGCGUUUGCAGUGCUUAAAUGCUUUCUUCUUACGAAACUACAAACCGUAGGUCAGUGUUAUAGGGGAAAAGCGUUUUAAGAUAGUGACAAUCAGAGCGUGGGUGUGUGUCUACAAUGUAAUUCUAUGUAGUUCUUAGGCAGUGAUCUGAAACUUCAAUGCAAAUAUCUUUUGUUUGGUAGUUUGUCUACAUCUGUUAGGCUUUCGCAUGUGCAAUAUAGCUUUGCAAAGCACGAGGAUACAGAUCUGGUGCCAGUGUUCUGUUUUGCAUAACAUUUGUAACAGCGUCAGAUAUCGUUUGAUAAUUUCAGCGGGAUUUUGUCUCUAACGCUUUCUUAAGCGGACUGAAGUUGAAUGAUGCAGGUCAGUGUCAUGAGUGUAAAAAUGAGGAACGUGACUUUUAGUUACGUGAAUGACUUUGAACCAAUUGGAUCUUCUCAAGCACAGUUUAUAAUACUUUUGCAACUACUGAAUGCUCUGUUAACACAAUGAAGUAUUUACCUGUAAUAUCCUAUGGAAAUGCAUUCAGAUGGUUAUUUUUACAAAUAAAACGGUACAGAUAUUGUUGUAA